AUGUUCACACCGCUGAACCAAAAGAAGCUGGUGAAUGUUAGUGUCAUUGCUCUUAGAAAGUUUGGGAGGAAGUAUGAACUAGGAGUUUACCCCAACAAGCUUUACGAAUAUAGAAAUGGAAUGGCAACACCUUUGAGCGAGAUUCUUCUUACGGAUACGAUUUAUCGGAGUGUGUCAAAGGGAGAGAUAGCUAAGCAAGCGGAUCUGGACUUAUUUAAUAAGACGCACGAAGAGAUAGUUCUUGAAAUAUUGAAUAGUGGACACGAACAGAAGAGUGAAGUGACUAGGGCUUACGAGCAAGAAAAGACGGAGCGGGAGAUUAUUGAGUUUCUUCGGAACAAAGUGACUAGAGGGGGAAGGCAUCUUAAUGAGGCUUCUUUGAGGGAGGCGAUAAACAAAGUGCACAACAUAUACAUCGGAAAUAGUAAGAAGCAGUCCCAAGAGAUACUGAGCAAGCUGGAGAAGAUAGGAUUUGAAAGGGUUGGAAUAAGAGUCAGUGUUGGAGGAAAUGAUAAGAUUAUGGAGUUUGCUAGGAGGAAUGGAGAAGUGCAUGAUGGCUACGUGAUUAUAAGAAGCGAGUGCUUCCCUAAGUUCAAGGAAAUAUGUGAAGAAGAGAAGGUAAGAUAUUUGAUAUUAAGAAGAGAAGAGCCCGAAGAUGAAGAGAUAUGCUAG